AAGAGGAGGAGGAGGAGGAGGAGGAGGGAACCGGAGCAGGAAGGAAGACGGGCAGGCAGGCAGGCAGUGAAUGCUAACAAGCUCCGCUGUAAUCAUAAAGCUCCGUCGGGUUCGGCUUUGACUAAAACAUAUGGGAUUGAAACGGACCGUCGAGCGUUGAUUGAGUCCUAAUAUGCGCCAGUGCCGCGUUCGCCCUGUGCGCGUGCAGCAGCCUCGCGGCCGUCGGCACCUUUGAUCGGUGAAAAGGAGAAAAAAAAAAGCCGUCUUUUUUCCCCCUCUCUCUCUCUCUCUCUCUCUCUCGCUCUCUCUCUCUUUCUCUCCUCCCGCUGAGUGAAAUGUAUCGAGACUGCUCGGGAUUCACGUUCUGACAAUGGAGAUUGAAAACAUCGUGGCCAACACGGUUCUCCUGAAGGCGAGGGAAGGUGGAGGAGGCAAGAGGAAUGGCCGCAGCAAGAAAUGGAAGGAGAUGCUUAAACUCCCACACAUCAGCCAAUGCGAGGAGCUUCGCCGCAUUAUCGACAGGGACUUCACCAGUCUAUGCGAGAAGCAGCCUAUCGGGCGGCUGCUUUUCCGUCAGUACUGUGACACCAGGCCAGAGCUGAAGCGCUGCAUUGACUUCAUGGAUGAUGUGGCCAUGUACCAGCUAGCUCCCGAUGUGAAGAGGAGGGACUGUGGACUGAAAUUAUUAGACACAUACUUUAAUAACGGGUCGGCGGCCCAUCUGCCCGACGUUCCCCAGGACUUCAUCGCGCGGUGCCGGGAGAGUCUGGAGCAGAGUCCCUGUAAGGAGCUCUUCAAGGACUGCACCAAAAUAGUUCGUGAUUAUUUGAGCGGAGCUCCGUUUUCUUCCUACCAGGAGUCCAUGUACUUUUCUCGCUUCCUGCAGUGGAAAUGGUUGGAAAGGCAACCUGUAACCAAAAAUACCUUCAGGCAUUAUAGAGUACUAGGAAAAGGUGGAUUUGGCGAGGUUUGUGCCUGCCAAGUACGUGCCACCGGUAAGAUGUACGCCUGUAAAAAGCUGGAAAAGAAACGGGUGAAGAAAAGAAAAGGUGAAGCAAUGGCACUAAACGAAAAACGCAUUUUAGAAAAAGUUAACAGUAGUUUUGUAGUUAGUCUAGCUUAUGCCUAUGAGACCAAGGAUGCGCUGUGCCUGGUCUUAACCUUAAUGAACGGUGGUGACUUAAAGUUCCACAUUUACAACAUGGGAAACUCCGGCUUUGACGAGCAAAGGGCCAUUUUCUACGCUGCCGAGAUCUGCUGUGGCCUUGAGGAUCUGCACCGCGAGAGGAUAGUCUACAGAGAUCUGAAGCCUGAAAACAUCCUUCUGGAUGAUCGUGGUCACAUUCGGAUCUCAGACUUGGGCCUCGCCGUUCAAAUCCCUGAAGCGGAGACGAUACGAGGGCGAGUGGGCACAGUUGGAUACAUGGCUCCUGAGGUGAUCCAGAACGAGAGCUACACCUUCAGCCCGGACUGGUGGGGUCUGGGCUGUCUGAUUUUCGAGAUGAUCCAGGGCCAGUCGCCCUUCCGGAAACGCAAGGAGCGAGUCAAGCGGGAGGAGGUGGACAGACGAGUGCGCGAGGACCAGGAGGUGUACUCGGAUAAGUUCUCCGAGGAAGCGAAGGACAUCUGCAGGCAGCUCCUGGUCAAGGACCCCAAGGAGAGGCUGGGAUGUCGGGGUUGCGGGGCCACGGAGGUCAAGCAGCACCCCAUCUUCAGACACAUCAACUUCAAAAGGCUGGAGGCCAACAUGCUGGACCCUCCCUUCAUACCAGAUCCUCGGGCCGUGUACUGUAAAGACGUCUUGGACAUCGAGCAGUUCUCCACGGUCAAAGGAGUGAACCUCGACCCCACGGAUGACGACUUCUACUCGAAGUUUGUCACAGGCAGUGUCUCCAUCCCGUGGCAGAACGAGAUGAUUGAGAUGGAGUGCUUCAAAGAGAUCAACAUCUACGAGACCGACGGGAUGCUGUGCUCAGACCUGGACGUGAACCGGCCCAACCCUCCGCCCAAGCGGGGGUUCUUCUACCGCCUGUUCAGAAGAGAGGCAAGUGCUAGGGCUCCGGCGACUGUCCGAGGGGGUGGGGGCUAAGGUCUGUCUCAAGAGCGGUUACAGCGACGACGAGACCGAAGAGCCCUCCCGACUUUAAACCACUCCGUCCCUCCGCCCGCACCCCCCCCCCCCGCCCCUCCUCCGCCGCAGAGCUUCACCACAAUCUCCAACCGAGCGCGAGAAUCUUAGGAACUCAGUGAAUGUCGACCUGUAUUUAUGAGCUGUAUUAAAAGUGUAUUAUAGCUAAAGAAAAAAGUAUGACUUUAAAGAUUUUGUACAUUUGUACUUGAAUUUAUGUCUAGAUGUAUAUUUUCACUAAAGGUUGUAUUGUACAAAAAGCCAUAAAAGUACCACUUGAAUGCAUACAUUACCUUUUUUUUUAUUUCCUUUUGAUUUCACGAGUAUGAAUAAUUUUCAUUGGGCAGUUUCUUUUCAGAAGCACAGUACCAUUAGUCUUUUUAUUUUUCACAAUGUAGCAUAAGGCCUUUUAUUUGAUAUAUGUGCUGUAUGUUUUCCAUUAACGUGAUGUUUUCUUUUUUUUUUUCUUUUUUAGCACAUUAGCUCCACUUUAUACCAAACUUAACUUGUUAGCCGCUAAAGGCCUGGAGGUUGCAGGCGGAUAGCAGUCUAGACCCAAGGGGUACAGGAGGAACCUAAUCCAGUUUUCUUAUUGCUGUUAAUAAGAACCCGGACCUUGAGCGAGUUUCUGGGAGUGUGAUGUCUGCAGCAUGGGGACUUUCUAAACCGCGCAUUCAAGCCGUAGGACAGGGUUGGGAUGAACUGGACGGGCGUGAGCGGAGACUAAGUUAGUGGUGCCCGUACCAUUCAGGCAACGACUGCAUCCGCUGCAUGUAGUUCCGUCUGCGAAUCUGCGGGUCUGCUAAGUAUUAAUGAGAGCAAAUAUCUGAAUCCACAAUCAAUCCUGGAAUAUGAACAAAAAAAAAAAAAAAACCCUUCCCUGACCCGCAGCCGGUUCGAGUUGUACGUUUUGUGACGCCCGGCGGCGUUUCCAACCGGACGGCAUCUGCUAGUUGCAUAUCUGUUACAGUUUUUGCGCAUUUUGUGGUGAUUUGUGCUUUUUAUUUUCCUUUUUUUGUGUCCGUACUGAGCUUUCCCGUUUUCUGUUGUUUAGCUGAACUAAUGUUCCCCUUGAAAUCUUGGUAAUUUUCUACCCUUUUAUUUUUAGAACACCAGAAAGCCUCCGACCGUUGUUUUUUGGGGGAAAGCUCGGAGGAAACGUUGCUAGUUCUGCCGCCACAAGUUUAGUUCCUAGCUGAAAGAAUGACUUUGAAUAUAAGUAACUUUGAUUCAUAAGUCGGUGCUUUUAGUGUAAGAAGUGAUGAAGUAUGCCGUCAGUUCCAGCGUUUUGGCUCCUUGUUGAUAGCACCAUACUGUAGAGUGUUAAAGGCUGUGUUUGUGAUAAAGAUUUCAUUUAACAGUAACAAUUCCCAAGUUAAGCAGCUCCAUUCACAUCGUGUGCUUCUUAACCCUAGGAACGGCUUAAGGGAGUUGCUUGCAGAGGGUGAAAUAAAAAUUUAAACACAGUUUUUCUCAGUAAAUCUAUUUCCAGUCAUGUUAUUGACAUUAAAAUGCACAACAGGUGUCUGUAACAACCCAAGUGAUCCACACAAAGAGAAAUCAAAGCAAAUUACUGCAUAAAUUAGAUUAUGUGACAUGGAUUAUUCAGAUGUGGUUUUGAUUUUUCUUCUAUAAAAGCGGUCUUCAAAUCUUGGAACGAUCUGUGCUUCGUAGAUUUUCAUACGGAUUCACGUUGACAUGGCCAGUCUUGUGGUUUCUUUUGUCUGAAACCAGUUGAUUUUCCUUGGCUCUCUGCUUGGGAUCCUUGCCCUGCUGGAAAUGUUUCCCUUGUUUCAUCUUCGGAUUCUAACUUCAAUUUCAUGAGUGAUCUGCCAGUAAAAUGUGCUGAAAAACGGUCCUACUGAUUUUGAGGUGACGUCUGCUGCCAUUUUUUUCCCCCUCUGUGUAAUUUUGAUCCCAUCUGACUCCCAGAAUUUCCCCGGUUUGUCCAAAUGUUCUAAAACAAACUUUGAACAAAGGAUUGUUCUUACCUGCUUUUUCUUCUGCAGUGGAGUCUGGUGCAGUGACCGAUUGUCUUAAGGAAAAUAUUGUCCCUGCUAAUUCCAGGUCUUACAGAAGCUUGACUUUUGGACUAUUCUGCUGAUUAUUCCUUUGACUCCUGUCAGGAAACUUGGGAAGAACAGCUGGUCAUGGCUGGUUUAUUGUGAAAUGACGUCCUUCCCACUUCUGGAUUACGGUCCCAGCGUUCCUCGCUGGGAAGCAAAGUCUCGCGGGUGCUCUUUGCUUUCACCCGUAACGUUCUGUCUCUCGUGUCAUCAGAACCUUUUUAUAGAAACCUAAACCAGCUGAUUUUAUUUUUGCACUGAGUAUUUUGUAAAUACUGACAGUUUUAGGAUGUUUUAUUAGCUUUAUAUGCCUUUUUGCACUUGUUGAGUUACUUUGUUUUGAUGUCUUGAUGUGUGGAUUGCUGGAGUAGUUGCCAAAAUCUGUUGAAAUUUUAAUGUCAAUAUCCCCAAUCAGUACGUAUUCUUGCCGCUGUACGUGGAAAAUUUCUGAUUUUCCAAGUUAACCAAUUAGUCUGUUUCCCUUUUCAUUUCUAGAUUUUGAUCUAGAGGCUGUUUACCCCCCCGCCCCUACAACCAACACCUGUUUUUUAAUGCUGUGAAUACCCCCACCUCGACAUGAUAGCCGCGCGCUUCUGUAUAUUUCACCGUUUGCUAAUGGAGCUUUGCUCCACUUUGUGGGUUAGACUUACUCAGCUCUACUUUUGUGCAGCUCAGCAGCUUUUAAAGAGAAAGUUAAAUCAGGGGAAAGCGGGUCUGUAUUUGGUCAGCGCAGCACGUGGAAAUGACUUUUGAGCCGGAGCAACUCCCAGGACACAUUCAGACUUCAAAGCUGCAUAAAGAUACGCGUCGGGUCCCCCGGUCUAAUAAACCAACGUGUUCCAAAAGUUUCUAUUUUGUCCAGCCGCUGUUUUGAGCAUCCAGUAGUUUCUUGCUUAUUGUUUCCUUAUUUGUAAUUGUUAAAGAAAACUAUAAUUUGUUUAGCUCUCAGGCACAUUUUUGAAACAUUCAUGUAGAUCUUAGCCUUUUAGCUCUUUGGCCUCAAAACAAACUUGUAAAUUCUGUAUCUCUGACAUGUAACUAAAGCUCCACAGUGAAAACGUCACUGCGUCCAUCGCCCGCGCCUGUGUCUUUGUUCCGAAGGUAUUUUGUACAGUCCACAUAGGAGUGAAGACGUUCUAUCCAGUCCAUUGCACUAUGUUUUGACAAUGACUUUGGAAAGUGUCUUUAACCGUUCUGACAAUGAUACCAAAAGCAACCUUCUCCAGAUGAAACCGUUUUCCUUUCUUGAAGAGUUUAUUUGAGGAUAAACCAACAGCCUUUGUUAAACGUGCCAAUUACCAAGUUAGUUUCUGACAUCCUGCCUUCUUAUGUUUUGUUUUUUUUUGUACCUCAUUUACUUCCAAUCCACUGAAGUUUUGUCGUAUACGUGUAAACAAAAAAACACACAUUAAAAACUUAAAUCAGCUCAACUGUUUUGAAUGUCCGCACUAAGUGCAUUGUAAUGCCUGUUUUAAGAAGAAGAAGAAGAAAAAAAACGACAUAUGUUUUAUUACUCAAGCAUGUAUCGAUUUGUAAUACUUCAGGAUCCUUGUAUAUGUAAAUGAUGACCCUCUUGUGCCAACAUACGUCGCUGGUUAUCGGAGGACGACUUUGUGAAUGGCCGGCGAGUGACCAGCAGAGUCGGCCUGUUUUUGGAUAACAAAUGCUCCCGGUUUGUUUCCUGCCUUUCUGUCGGCGGGCUGAUGGUGAGUCAAACCUGGGAUGGGACUCGCCAGCAAACAACCUACAGAGUGGGGAAAAAAUCACUUGAAUUAGUUUUUAGGUCAUGCACCUGUACAAAUUCAUAUCUUUUGCAAUUUUAUUUCUGUAGGGAGAAAAAACAACAACAACAAAUGAGUUAAUAGUUUAAUUUUUACAGCAAAAGGUGGAUGAACAAAUGGGUUUUUGGUAUUCAAACAGGGAGUUGAUUUUUAUUUUAUUUUUGUUUUUGAUUUUUUCUUUUUUUUUUUUUUUCCAUGUUCGGUCUCUGUACAGUCAUGUCAUUCAACCACUGCAGUCAUUGUUAAUUCUUGUACAAGUUGUAUCACUGGUUGUUGUACCAUAUCUGACAUUUGUAAUUAUGAAAUAAUACACUGCCAUUUGUAUUAAAAGAGGUGUCUUAAAUUGUU